CACAGAUAUGCCUGCAAAAAUAAACUGAUUGACUCUUGAGGGCUCUCAACAAAGCCUCUCCUGUGAGUAUGUAUAUAUAUAUUAUAUGUUAUAGUACAAAGUAGAUUUUUAGGAAAUCGAACAUAUAAAUGAUUAUGUAGCCAGCAAGUUGUAUACCAUCUAGUCAAAACCUCCCAGCAAGUGGGUGAUUUGAAAUCGCCAUAACUUCUUUAUCUGACUGCGGAUGAUAGCUACGUUAAAGUCAAAUUAGGUCAAAUUUGUAGCAACAAAACGCAAAGAAAACAACAACAACGGGAAAACAGCAAAAAUCUUGAAAGAGGGACGAACCCAAAAGGAUAGAGGAGGGCGGACGACCAACCAACCAACCAACCAACCAAUCAACCGACCGAAACAAAAUACCAAAAACAGCCGUAUCCAAGAUGAGGCGAGCCAGCCGAGGAGGGGAUGAAUCUGGUACCGGUGCUCCCCGUCAGAACGGUGUGUCUGGGGCGAGAGGCGGCGCCAGAGGAGCGGCUGCCGAUCGGGGGGAUACGGUAGCCGGCGGCGGUGAUGAUGAUGAGGCGGCGUGCAGCCCAGCAGACAUGCAGGAUGAGGACAAUGAUCCGGCGCGGAGGAGAGAGAUCAGGAGCAAGUACAGGGACCUCAUCAACUCUGUUCAACAGAACAGAGAGGACAUGUUGAGUCCCACCAACAACAAACUGACAGAUGUGUUGGAGGAGGCCAACAAACUGUUUGCAGAAGUCCGUCAGGCCCGUGAAGCGGCUUUAGACGCCCAGCUCCUGGUGCUGGCUACAGACCUGGGGAAGGAGAAGGCCAGCCAGCUACACGCAGAGGGAUCAGCCUUCGACCCCGCAGCCUUUGCUGAACACCUGCUGUCAUUCAUGGGUCUGAAUCGCCUGGAGGAGGAAGAUGAAGAUGUGGAGGGUGGAGCGAGCGGCGGGUACCUCCCCCAGGACGCCUGGCAGAGGGUAGCUAACAGAGCUCAGCGCUGCUUCAGGACUGCUCCCUCUUUCCACUAUAUGAUGGGAUCGUUCCUGGCUGAGUUACCGCCGCCUCGCCAGAGGGUAGAGAGACAGAGGAAAGUUCCUGGGAAGGAGGUCAAGAGGAUCAUGCCCACUCAGUUGAAGAGGAUGGAGGAGUCUCACCAGGAAGCUACAGAGAAGGAGGUAGAGAGGAUUCUGGGAUACCUGCGGAGCUACUUCUUUGACGACCCCACAUCUCCCAUCUCCUACUAUGAGUUUGUCAUAGACCCCACCUCCUUCUCCCGCUCUGUGGAGAACAUCUUCCACACCUCCUUCCUGGUCAGGGAUGGUUUGGCGAAAAUGUACCUGGAUAAUCACAAACUUCCUUGUAUCGCCCCUGUGGAGGAAGGGGAGGUGGAGGCUGGAGGAGCGUCUAACAGGCAGCAGUGUGUCAUUUCUAUCAGCCCCAAGAGCUGGAAGGAGUUAAUUGAGGCCUUUGAUAUCACCGAGCCACUGAUCCAUGCUCCCAGCACACAGCACACAGAAUGAUGCUGAUAUAACAGCUAUUUCCUUUUAAAACAUUAGAGAAUUUUAUCGACUUUAACUUUAGCUAUAAAUAUUAGUUUUCUAUUCAUAGGUCUUGUUCGUGUUUUUUGUAUUAUUUGAUUAAAGAGAGUGAACCCAA